AUGACUACAGCUGCCAUGAGGUGGAUCGACAAGGCUGGAGGAUUCGAUAGCUAUAUUUAUCACACUUCAGACAAGAAACUAGGGUCAGAGGUCGGCGUAGACCUGAAGAAACGGAUGGUAGCCAUUGUGAAGAAUCACCCCGACAACGUGGCCCCGCCCCCUCACGUGAGACGCAUCCAGAGACGGCGUCGUCAAGAGCAACAGACAGAUGAAACACCCAGUGAAUCAUUGUCAUCAUCAUCGCCAUUAUAG